CCGGCGGGGUCCGGAAAGCCGAAGGCCGGUAUGGCUCGGGGCUCAAAGGACCAGCGGACCUUAGUGAGUUUACCUAGUGGGAAAUUCUGCAGUGUCUUCCUGGGUGAGAGGGAGUGGCUGGCCGGUCCAUAGGGUCUGGCCACGCCCCCGGGGCGGGAGACUUGAUCUUGUUGAUUUGGGCUAGUAUUAGGUAAAUAUCUGAGCCCGGAAAGCAAGUGCACUAGUGACCCUUAAAAUAGGAGGGCUAGAGAGACCCCAGUUAUGACCUGAGGGCGGAACUUCGUGAACCAGGUAAGUACCCGCUUCUAGGUUAAGGGCCUAGAUUUGUAGGAUGUGAGGAACAUGCCUUAGAAUCGGAAGAGGUUUGAAACCCUGAGCCCCGCUCUAUGGCCGGUUCCAUUUGGUAGAAUUGGGUAAGAAUGCCUUGGAGCUACUGGGUAAAACCUGGUUCGCAUGAAGUUUAGCUUAAUAGAUAAUAGGUUGGUUAGAUUUUGGAGUGUCCCAAAACUGAGUCCAACUCCAUCUCUUCCCCCUAUCUUACUGCCCCCACUGCAUCUCUGCCUGGCAGCAAUCCAAGUCCUGGGCACUGUCAAAUGGUUCAACGUGCGGAAUGGUUACGGAUUCAUCAACAGGAAUGACACCAAGGAGGAUGUCUUUGUUCACCAGACAGCUAUUAAGAGAAACAACCCCAGGAAGUUUCUGCGCAGCGUUGGGGAUGGGGAGACCGUGGAGUUCGAUGUCGUGGAAGGAGAGAAGGGCGCAGAAGCUGCUAACGUAACUGGGCCUGGGGGGGUGCCAGUGAAGGGCAGCCGCUAUGCCCCCAACCGACGCAGGUUCCGCCGAUUCAUCCCCCGGCCCCGCCCAGCUGCCCCGCCACCCAUGGUGGCAGAGGCUCCAUCGGGUGGAACAGAGCCAGGCAGCGAAGGGGAGCGUGCUGAAGACUCCGGGCAGCGGCCCAGACGACGGCGCCCACCGCCCUUCUUCUACCGACGGCGCUUCGUGCGAGGCCCUCGGCCCCCCAACCAGCAGCAGCCCAUAGAGGGCACAGACGGGGUAGAAGCCAAAGAGACAGCCCCGUUGGAGGGAGACCAGCAGCAGGGGGAUGAGCGGAUACCCCCACCCAGAUUCCGGCCCAGGUACCGAAGGGUCCUCGCUUCUCGCCCCAGGCCUUUCCGCCCCAGGCCACCCCAGCAGCCCACCACAGAAGGUGGGGAUGGCGAGACCAAGCCCAGCCAAGGCCCCACUGAUGGCUCCCGACCUGAGCCCCAGCGCCCACGAAACCGUCCCUACUUCCAGCGGAGACGGCAGCAGCCCCCGGGACCCAGGCAGUCCACAGCCCCAGAGACCUCAGCCCCCAUCAACAGUGGGGACCCCCCAACCACCAUACUGGAGUGAUUCCAACUCAAAGGACACCCAGAGCCACCAUCUGGUAUCUGCCAGUUUUUCCAACUGACCUGUAUCUUACCCAGCACCUCCCUCCCCUCUUUCCCAUAAUUCAUGACAUCAAAACACCGGCUUUUCCCCCCAUUCCUUGAGACUCAGGAGGGCCAAAUCAACAGCCUUUUGCUUUUUUUUUUCCUCUCUCCCUUACCAAGGGUUGAAGGAAGGGAUCCAUCCUUAUUGUUCAGAGGCAUCAACUCCCUCCCCUAAAUCAGGCUGAGAAGGAACCAGCCAGCUCUUCCCUCCUCCUGGUUGUUUUUCUUUCCCACCCCAGUUUAUUUUUUGUUUCCCUGCUCCCCCUACCUCUGAAGCCAUUUUAUGAACUGUCAUGUGCCACCUGAGCC